UUUACUCCAUUUUAAACAGACAGGGUUUCUUGGACCUUGACCCCAUUUCCAUUAUCCUCUUCCCCACCAUUCAAAUUCCUCUCUCUCCUCCUCCUUCCCUUCUCGUUCCUUUCUCUCUCUAAAAUGGGUUCUUGUUUGAGCAAGAAAACCACCACCCAUUCCAAUUCAACCAUUGCACUACCAGACCCACCUGACCAAAAACCCAAAACUGACCUCCACCAAACCCAAAUCCAAAUCCAAACAGCAGAUAAGAAGAAACCAGAAGAAAAACCCAAACCAGAUCCGAAGAAGGAGAUCUUCCUCAUCAAACACCGUAUCAGCCACGACCAGAAAUCCGACGAAGAAAGACCCAAAUCUGCAAAUACCCAGAAUACCCCUACAACUAGUGCUACAACUCCGGUCGCAUCUGAAGCAGCUGAUGCUGGUGGUGUUGGCAACUCGAUGGGCGGAGUCGGUGGAGGAGUAGCGGUCAGAACCUCGAGCUGCUCGAAGGAAGAAAUCGACGCAAUUUUGAUCCAGUGCGGCCGCCUCAGCCGGAGCUCCUCCGCCUGCCGGAAGUACUCCGGCUCGAAGCGGAGCUACGAUUUCGAUCAGGACAAAGGAAAUGGUAACGAUGACGAUGAUGAUGAGCUUGUUCAAUGCGGUGAUGACGUGGCCGAGGCGGAGAGGGGCCGCCGUCACCGCCAGCGGCACCGCCAGUCGACGCCCACGUCGUCUGGACGGAGGAGAACUCCUAGCAGGGAAAGAGACCAAAGCAAUCAGCGGUCGGGGAGCCGAGAACGAGGCGGCAUCGGCGGUGGUGGCGGAGGGAGGAGGGUGAGUCGGUCUCCGGGCCGGAGAUCGGAGUCUCCGAUAACUGGUAACCCUAAUUCAAACAACACUACUGCUAAUACUACUACUACUAGGCCUGGAAAAUUGGUAUCUGUACCGGCUACGGUAUCAUCAAUGGCAAUGGACAAGAGCGGCAUUGGUGAACCGGGGAAUGCGGCGGCGGUCAAGCGGAUAUCGGUGAGGAGGAACGUGGGGUCGCCGCGGGCGAGGUCACCCGCGGCCGCUAGGGUUGCGAAUGAGAAGCCGCAGCAGCAGAGUUGCCAGACGAAUCAGCAGCAGCCGUUGUCGCUGAGCCGGAGUAAUUCUCGGAAGGCGGAGCACUCGCCGUACCGGAGGAAUCCUUUGGGGGAGAUUGAUCAGAAUUGUGUUGUUGGUGUCAAUGAAGUGGGCUUCAACAAGGGUUCCAACCACGUUGUGUCUCAGGCACCAAUUCAGAAGCCAAAUACUGAUAACAUGAGGAGCAACAGAAACAUAGUGCAAGGGGCUGAAAACAAAAGCAAUAAUCUCGGGGCAAAGGAGCAGCAGCAGAAGAUGGAGGAUGAGGGAAAGCCAUUGCCUCAACGGAAUGCUGGAAAUGUUUCGGUGACAAUGGUGUCCUCCUCAGUAACCGAAAGCCAGAAACUCCAACAAGUAACAAGAACCAGAUCCUCGAGACUAUCGAGAGACCUGGACUUUAACCCCGAAACCCUACUGAACACCUCUCCUACUUCUUCAUACACCGCGCUAUUGCUUGAGGACAUCCAAAACUUCCACCAGAAGGGCACUCCUAUAAUUCCUUGUCUCACCAAGGCUUGCUCCAUUCUUGAAGCAGUCGCUGACCUCAAUUCCACUACAAUCUCCAACCUGUCAACUGCAGAGCAGUUUGGAAAGAAGAAGAGGUUGGAGACUAAGGAGCCAUUUGUGGAGUCUGAAGUGGUUGGGAGCGGAGACGAUUUAAUGGAGCCGAGUUUUCACAAGUAUGUGACUGUGAGUCGGGGUGGAGGAGUUGGAGGUGGUGGUGAUAUGGAAGAGGUGGAAUCCUCCGGGAGUAAUAGCUUUAUCGGUGGUGGACAAAGUUGGGUGUCUUCUUCAUUGUGGGAAACCAAUUCGGCCGAUUCAACUGAUAAGUGGAGUUCUCAGAGAUCGGAGCAGAAGAGAGAAAGUGAUCGGAAGCCUAAUGGUAUAGGGCGCGGAAGACUUGGUUCUGGUAGAGGUCUUCAAUUAACACCACAAACACUUAAAGCUGCUUCAAGCUAAUAUGAGAUGGAAUUUUCAGUUGUAACUUUCAAAUUGCGAACAGAAUUGUUUGAGUGGUUGCAGACUUUUGCAACCAUUGCUGUUGUUUGGUUGUUUCUGUUUUUUCCCUGUUAUUAAUUGGAAGAUUAUUUCUGACC